CCGUGGUCCGUAGUAAUCGCCUGGCCGACAUCGCGAAACUGCACGCCGCCUUUCAGCGCGCAGUUGUUGUUACCAUCAAGUUCGCCAAUGGCUGAGUAUCCAGGCCAGGACUCGAAGCCAAGACUGUUGGAGUAUCAUUCGAUCACACAAGAGAUGGAAAGCAACAACAAUGCCGCGACCCCCAACACGUUUACUUUGGAAAGCGAAGCGUUGCUAAACAACGAAAAGAAGGGUGCAGGAAUGAAAUACGACGUCGGUAUCAAGGACAGGUUUAAUCUUGUUUACCUUUGUUUUUUGCUCCAUGGUGUGGGCAUGUUGUUGCCGUGGAACCUGUUCAUUACGGCUGAGGCGUAUUUCACAAAGCACAAACUGGCAGGAAGUGGUUAUGACAAGGAAUUCCUGUGGUACGUUGCUGUCUGUUCUCAGACGCCGAAUCUGCUGUUCAACAUUAUCAACAUAUUUUCAAAAAAGGGAAGUGGACUACGCAAAAAGGUGCUGGCAUGUCUGAUGACCAUGGCUUUGAUUUACGUCGGCACAACGGUAUUGGCGAUGGUCGACUCUUCACAGUGGCCCGGUGUGUUCUUCGCCUUGACGAUGAUCAGCGUGCUUGUUUUGAAUUCAGCCACCGGCAUGUACCAAAACUGCAUUUACGGUCUGGCCGCCGAUUUUCCAUCCAGCUACAGUAACGCCGUGUUGGUUGGCAACAACUUCAGCGGUCUGUUGACGUCGACGCUGUACAUCAUCACAAUUGCUGGUCGGUGUUCGGUUGAUCGGUUCGGUUCGGUAACCGGUGUUGUUUAG